GUUCGUUGAUUUAUUUGUAGCACAGGCAGAAAUUUUUUUUUGUGAGUUUCUGAUUCUUUUCUGUUCUGUUUUUGAGAAUAACUUCUUGCUUACUAUAAAUGGAUGCAAAUAACCUCGUUUUAUGAAUAAUUUUAGAAACCGAUUAUAAAAAUGGAUGUCCAAUUUGGACCAAACGCACUAGAUGAACCGAACUUGUUAUACAAACUGCAGCGAAAAAUUAAAGUAUUUGACACCAACGAUGCCCUGACAAGCCGUGGAUACGACCUUGUGGCUAGUACUAGCAAAUAUGGCUUGGUUUUUGUGGCCUCACCAGAUGGGACUUUGUCAGCCUUUUAUUUAAACCAGCUCAUUGACAAAGAGUGCGAGCCCAAGUACCUGCCUGUGAGACUCCCUGAAAAACCAUCUCAUAUUGCUGUCAGCUGUCACCAAGAACUCUUGGCCGUUACUGGUGGACAACUGCUAUGUAUUUACAAUAUUGCUGACUUUCAAAACCCGAAUGUGUCACCAACAGUGUCUAUGAAGACAGAAGUGAGUCCUUCCACAUUUGUGUCUUCACUUCAAUGGAACCCGUGUAUUCCAGACACAAUAGCCAUAGCUUUCUAUGAUGGGACUCUGCUUGUCAGCCAGGUUACAACAGGACAGAUUAACAAAGUUCAAUCAAGAGCAAGAUGCAUAUGCUGGAGUCCCAAAGGGAAACAAUUGGUAACCGGCAACAGUGACGGUACCCUCUGCCAAUACAAGCCCAACCUGGCUCCCGCCAAAAUGAUACCCGCACCAAACUUAUUUGAAGGAGCUCCGGCUGAAGCUCUUGCUGUCUACUGGAUAUCAACAUUUCAGUUUGCUGUAGUCUACAAAAAUGCUACAGAUAAUAGCAGACCAGCGGUAACUAUUGUGAACACACCAAAGGCAGGUCAGCCAUCUUGCCUGAACUAUGAGGACAUUUGCUACAGUACUGGUUCAAACCGGCCUUGGUAUUAUUAUCUCCAUGGUUUGCCCCAAUGGAAUAUUAUACUGUCUUCAUCAUCAAACAGCAUGGAAAUUGCCACUUUGGGCUCUGCAGAUGGAGCCUCUUGGUUGCAAUGGUGUCAGACUGAUGAAGCCAGACCGGAACUUCCCUUGACAGACAAGAAGAUUGAGAACUAUCCUGUCGGAAUAUGUAUCGACACAAGUGCCAUUCAUCAGCUGCCUUGGGGAGAAAACGAGGUGUUACCCCAUAUGCCACUCCUACUAGUGGUCUCUCAAACAGGGCUCCUUACAAUAUUCAAUGUCAUCAAUCUAAACAAGCAAGCGCCGCCAUUGUGCUCGCCUUGCGGCCUGCUGCAGCUGCCGGCGACGGCAACUCUAGUCGCCGCGGCGCCCGCGCCGGCACCCACUACUGUUCAGGCAAAACCUCAACCCGUGCAGCCUCAAGCUGUACAAGCCCAAGCUAUACAGCCUCAAGCUAUACAACCUCAAGCUAUACAGCCUCAAACUAUACAACCUCAAGCUGUACAGCCUCAAGCUAUACAGCCUCAAGCUAUACAGCCUCAAGCUAUACAGCCUCAAACUAUACAACCUCAAGCUAUACAGCCUCAGGCUAUACAGCCUAGAGCUAUACAUCCUCAAGCUAAACAGCCUCAAGCUAUACAGCCUCAAGCUGUACAGCCGCCAGCUAUUCAGCCCCCAGCAGCGCAGCCCCAGCCCUUCCCCUCACAACCUACCUCAGUGUCGAGCGCCUUGGGAACCCUAACGGCUAAUGCCGCGCCUAAGUUAUUCCAGCCGCAGAUUCCACAGGGAAUCUCUAUAGGGCUAACUUCGCCGGUAGUAGAACAGAAACCAGCUGAAGUGAGGCCUCCAGCGCCUGCAGUGCAACCACUAGUGCAGACACAGACGGCGCAGGGCAGGCUGCAGGCCGACCAGGACCUCAAGAACAUGCUCGUCACGGAGGUCAACGACUUCCAGAAUGAUCUAUACAACUUUAUGGUCGACACUAGGGAGACGCAAGUCCAGCUACAACGGGACAUAGAAGCACUGAACGCAAACUUCAACCUCCAAAUAAAAGACACAGAACAGCUAAAGAAAGAGUGCUCAUUGGAAGAGCUCCGCAACAAUAUAGUGCAGCUCAAACUAGAGUUGGUCAGAGCUUGUGCUGUCGUCGCUGAAGCGAGAACACACGCUGAAGCAAAAGAUAUCGAGCAGUGGUCGGUGGUAGACCCGCUGACGCGCAAGCGCAUGUCGUCGGUGAAGCAGCUGGCGUACUACGUGCAGGCGCAGCUCGAGCGGGCGCACGCGGCGCUCGACAGGGAUAUGUACCAGACCAGACCGGGGCAGCGCAUGACCCGGCCCAUACUAGAUGAGGUGUACCAGCCGCUGGUGAAGCAGCAGGAGAUACUCAGCAGACAGCAGGCCGUGCUGAGGACCCUGAGGAAUACCCUCAACGAGUGCGACAUGACGCCGGUCUUCAAAUCCGCAUCUUUACUCAGGAGCACGCCCUUCAAAAAUAAAGAUCCUCUAUCAAAACUAACAAAGAACAUAUUAAACAUGAGCAUCGAACCGCAAACCAAGUCAAAGGAACCGAUGCUCACCGCCCAAAAGCUGGACGCUCUACGAGACAUGCUAUCAAACCGAAAAACAAUAAAAAUCAAGCCCGUCAAUGUGGAAAUGAGACAACGACUGGCUGAAAUGAAGAUCAACUAUGAGAAAAGUUUGAGGGAGAAAGGUGCUCAGUCUAUGGUGAAGGAAGAUAAAGUUGUUCCGAAGAUGGAGCCACUAUCACCUGUCACUUAUGCGCCACCAGCAGAACCUGUUAAGUUUGAACAAAAGCAAGAAUUAAAGUUUGAGCCGAAACAAGAAAUAAAACAGACGCCUAUUUCAAUACCAUCUUUCACGGCGGUCAGCAAUUUGAAGCCGGCCGCGCCGCCGUUAUCCAAUGUUGCGAGAACAUUGUUCACUGACGAACCCACUUAUGAACCAGUGAAGCCUCAGAUUCAACAACCAAUUCUUCAAAUCAGCCAAUCACAACCCCAGCCGACGUUGAAGCCCAAACAGUCGACCUUCACAUUUGCGGCGCCCACUUCAAGCAUCACUAACACCCGUAGCGUACUAAAAGACUUACUACAGAAUAAACAAGCUUUAGCCGAUGCUAAAAGUGAAGCGAAUUUGCAAGAUCCGAAAAAUGAAACGCCAUUUAUAGCACAGAAAAAUGAUGUCAGCUUCACGAUGCAGAAAAGUGAUGCGAAUAGCUUUUUCGGAAAGAAUGACGCGAAUACCUUUAUGGGACAGAAGAUAUGUUCACCCACGCCUUAUACAGCAUCACCUAUAUCGCCCACUUCAGCGUCACCCUCAACUAAUAUAUUCACAGCCAAACCAAUAUCUGAUAUGUCGAACAUGUUCAGUAAAUUUCAAGCCCCAGCCUUUGCACCGGAACCGAAGCCACAAGACCUAGUGAAACCCAAAUCAUCCGAAACCGGAGAACCGGAAACUUCAGAAAUACCCAAAACAGAAACCAAAAAAGUUGAAAAACCGUUGACUAAUCUAUUUGGCAUGAAAACUUCUACGCCUUUAUCUGCGCAAAAUGUCCCUGACGUUUUAAAGAUAGAAAAGCCAGUUGUGAAACUUGUAGAUAAAAUAGAAAAGUCGAAAGAGAAUGUUCCAGAAAAAUCUGAAAAUACGUCACCAAGUUUAACUGUAACAACAAAAGUAGUUGCUGAGGGGACAUCGGAGGCGAAACCAUAUGGUACACAAUCUACAAAUGAUGAUAAAACCGAAGUGAAAACUUUUGGUACACAGUCUACAAAAGAAGAUAAAGUCGAGGUGAAACCAUUUGGCACACAAUCUACUAUGAAAACAUCUCUGUUUGGCCCUCCACCUACAGUGGUAGUUACUAGCGCAAGUGCAACUCCAGUUGUUGUUGAACCGCAAAAACCCGCAGAAGUUAAAUCUGAGAAUAAACCAGAAGCAUCAAAAACAGAUACAAGAACAACGAGUGCAUCAAUAUUUGCUGCAGCAAAUGCAUCCACUCCCACUGAAUUGAAAUCUCCGCCAGCGUUUCCUACCACAACUACGGCAGCCGAAACGCCCACUACAACUGCUGCAUCUACCCCAGCUACAGUUCCAUCUCCAACUAAAACAAAACCCUCUUUAUUCGGAACUCCUCCCCCUACUUCAGCUUCCUCCUUAUUCGGUUCAGCUGUAGCCGCAUCAACCUUCCCCCCUAAAACAACACAAACUGGAUCCAUAUUUAGCUCGCCAAGUACCAAUGCAAACGUAUUUGGUUCCACACCGUCAUCUGUUUUCGAAACUGCUACAACAACCUCUGUAUUUAGCAGUAGUGAAUCUAAACCAUCAGUGUUUAGUACGCCCACUUCAGCUACUUCUUCUUUUGGAGAAACUACAACUCAGUCUCCAUCAGUAUUCACGUCUGCUCCAGCUUUCGCAACAACGAAUAGUUCAGUGUUUAGUUCAACAGCAUUUGGAACAACUACUUCUUCAUCAAUAUUUGGCACUUCGCCUUCUAGUAUAUUUGGGACAACAACAGCAACAACGGCGCAAUCUUUAUUCGGCAGUACGCCAACAACUACCACUCAAUCUGUCUUUUCCACGACAACCUCUCAGUCUUUAUUCGGUGGUACACCAACGACUACGCAAUCUCUAUUCGGUUCAACACCAGCAACGACUGCAUCAGCUUUUGGCAACGCGAGUACGUCAAGUGUAUUCGGCGCGACCACAACUUCAUCAUUAUUUGGAGCUGCGAAUCAAAGCGUAUUUGGUACAACGUCUACUACGACUCAAGCUUCUAUAUUCGGCACUCCUACAACUACGCCAUCAGUUUUUGGUGGAGGGGAAGUCCCUUCUGUGUUUGGUGCACCUUCAACUCAAGCGUCUGUGUUUGGAUCUAGUAACCAAUCAGUAUUUGGUACAGCUCCGACUACGCAAACUUCGGUGUUUGGAAGUCCCACACAAACUACUCAAGCGUCAGUUUUUGGCGGUACAGCUGUGACGACGGCGCAAAGUGGGUCGUUAUUUGGAGGUGGAGAAGCCAAUUUGUUUGCAGCGGCUAGUAUAUCUACGACUAGCGCUCCGUCGCAGACAAGUGCAGGCAAUAUAUUUGGUGGAGGAUCAACGGGUUCAGUGUUCGGCGGGGGCGGAGCAACAAAUGUGUUUGGCGCCAAACCAGCGUUCGGACAGUCGAACACAUCAGCGGCCUCCAUCUUCGGCGGCGCCUCCUUCGGACAGAAACCAGCGGCCGCAAAUAAUUUCUGGUCUGGAGGCAACGCUAGCGGCGCCGGAUUCGGAUCUGGAUUUGGUCAACAAGCAACAACGCAGGCUUCGUCAAUCUUCGGCGGCACCACCGGCGGCAGUUUCAGCCAGCCCAACUCUGGACAACCGUUUGGCAGUCCUCAACAGAACACUGGCUUCGGAUCGCCGCAACAGCAAUCCGCACCAGCCUUUGGGGGAUCACCAGUAUUUGGAACGAAACCUGCAUUUGGUCAAUCCGCAUCCUUUAGUUCGCCAACUGGCGGCGGCGGUGGUUUUGGCGCCUUUAGCGGUAUGAACAAGAGCCCUACGAGUGGCUUCGGAGCGCCCGCCGCGUUCGGAGCGCCGGCCUUCGGGGGCGGCGCGGCCUUCGGCAGCACUUCGCCCGGCAAGAUGUUUGGCGGCUCGCCCCCUGGUUUCGGUUCGCCAACCCAGUCGAACGCCACAUUCGAGAGCCUCGCGACACAGAACACGUUGACUUUCGGCAACCUGGCCCAGCAAUCCGGACCACCGCCACAGCAGCAGCCCACCUUCAACACAUCACCCUCAUUCACUGGAUGGCGCGGCUGAUGACAGUUCUAUAAAGACAGAGCAGUGCGCAUGAAACACCCACGUUAAAACAUUACAUGUGAAAUGUGAACGUUUUUAAACGAAAUCACUUGUAUAUCUGUAAUUUAUUUUUAUAGCAUAGUAGACAACCUAUCAUUUGAGU